GGUUAACACGCGUUCCGUUGCCAUGGUGCUGACUUUGUUUCCUUCCAUACCUCAAGUGAACGGUUGUGCUUUACAGAAAAGUAAAACCUCGUGGAGAAAUUCGGGAUAACCCCCGCGUGUGACCAGACAUGCUGUGUGUGUGAACACCAAACAGCGAAGGAGUUUUAACAUUUUUCCUGGCAGACGGAGCUCGUGCCAAACGAGGGCUCCUUGAGGUGACAAGCUAACCUCUUUGAGCAUGCAGCAGCCUCCCAGUGAAUGCGCAAUGAGCAGAGUAGCAGAGGGCCGCUUGCCGGUCCUUCAGAUCUACCGCCUGCUGCAGUGCGUCCACAAAGAGGACAGGGUCCAAAUCGAGAAACUGGUGAAACUUGGGAUGGAAAACCUCAUCAAUCUCACGGAGCCUCAGGACGGCACGGGGGCGCUUCACGCAGCAGUUUCUGCCAACAAUCUUGACCUCGUAAGCUUCCUUCUCUCCCAGGGUGCAGAUCCUAAUAUCCAGGACAAGAGAGGCUGCACCCCAAUUAUGUUAGCGGCUGAGCUGGGCAAUGAUGCCAUUUUAACUCUGUUGGCUGAGAACCAAGCUAACCUGAGGCUCCUGGAUGCUCAGGGCAGAGGCAUUCUGUUUUACUGCAUCUACCCCACCAAGCGACACACCUACUGCCUACAGGUUGCGCUGAAGUUCGAGGCAGACGCCAAUAACGUGUCCGCGCAGGGGAUUCAUGUCUUCCAGCUGAUGUGUGAAAAAGCCCAAAAGUUCACCCCCUUGUGUCUCAUCAUGCUAGCUGCUGGGGCAGAUCCCAAUGCAACAAACGAGACAACGGGUGUCACAGCUUUAAUGGGGGCAGCCAAAGCAGGGUCCAUGCAGCUUGUUAAAGCCAUUCUCAGGAAAGGGGGAGAUCCCAAUACCCUGGACCGAAAACGCCUCACAGCAGUACACUAUGCUGCCAUGGGAGGUUUUUUUGAGGUGAUUCAGGUGCUGUCUGCACACUCAGCAGACAUGGGUGUGAUCAACCUUGAUAACUGCACAGCCUUACACUACGCAGCUGCCACAGGCAAUGCUAACUGCUGCAAGUUCCUGGCACAGAGAGGCUGUAACCCUAAACUGAAGAACCAGGAUGGUUUGCUGCCACGUCAGAUUGCCAAAGACUCCGGUCACAAAGCAGCAGCCAAGGAGCUGAGGAAAGCAGAGAAGCAGCAGGGAAAAGACAACAAAUCCGGCACCGACGAACUCACGUCAGAACUGUGGGCACUGACCCUGCACGACUGGUCUUACGAGUAUGAGACUGAGUUACUUCAAGCCUUUGAGGACAAGCCAGACGAAGUGACCGCAGAGAUAUUUAUUUCGGUGUUAGAGGAACUAAAUGCUCCAGUUGAUCUAGAACAGCUCCAUACAGUCAUCUCAGCCCAUGCCAAGGGACAGGACGGGUGUGUCAACAUUAAUGAUUUCAUCAAAGGUGUCAAGUACAUCAAGAAGCCAUUCCUUGUUUCCUCCUAUAUGCCUAAAAAGAAAAAGGGUGAAAAGGGAGGAAAAGGAGGUAAGAAGAAGGGCAAAUUUGUACUUCCCUUACCCAUUUGUACCCUCCCACCGGAGCGCAUGCCCCGCCGUCCCGAUGGAGGCCCACCGCUCUUCAUGAUUGAGACGUACCACAACUGCUCAGACAUACGGCGCUUUGACCUCGACAACCCACCAGAACAUCCGAUAAUUAAUGACUCGCAAUGGUACAUUGAGAAGCCGGACAGGGUCUACAUCAAUAUCAACAACUGUGUGAAAAGUGGAGAUCUGGAGUCUCUGGACCUCGCUUUUAGCAAUGGGGUUCCUGUGGAUGUUCAGGAUCAGUUUUACAAGACUCCGCUGAUGGUGGCCUGCUCCAGUGGCAACUAUGAGGUGGCUCAGUACCUCCUGAGCAAGGGGGCCAGUGUUAAUGUGUGUGACCAGUUCUUCUGGACCCCCCUCCACCACGCAGCUCACGCUGGGCACGUGGAGCUUCUUGAACUUCUGGUGGGGGCCAGGGCCACAGUAGAUGCCCAGGCUAUCAGUGGAGGAACGCCCCUAAUGAGAGCCAUUGAGAGCUCUCAGCCCUCCUGCGUUGACUUCCUCAUCAAGGCGGGUGCCAGUGUGACUGCAGAGAACAAGAAAGAACAAGACUGCCUUGACAUCGCCAGAGCGUUUGCAGAUGCCAAAGUAAUUGACUUGGUCAAAGACAAGAUGGACUCUCUGCCUAAACCAAAGGACGGAGGGAAGGGAAAGGGGGGCAAAGGUCAAAAGCCUAAAGCUAAACAGAAGGGAGCUGCUGGAGAGGGUGCCUUGCAAGCAGACACCUCAGCUGCAACAGCAGGGAAGACUCCUCCAGCGAUGGAUUCAAAGAGCAUCAUCCUCCAAAACACCAGCAUCACUACAGGGAAAACUAACGAUGUGGAUAUCACCUUUGUGCCAAAAACAGUUUGGGGAAAGCCGCCCACCACCAGCCAGCUCAUGUCAAAGAUAGAGAGACGCAGGGAGCACCUGUCGCUAGAGGUGGACUUUGAUGACUUCAUGAUGCCUUUCAGCCACAAUAUCCAGAGGAAGAUGGUGGAGUAGAAGGUCAGAAGAAGAGACGCAGACAUUUUGGAAUCUCAGUCUGUUACCUGAGCUGGCCACCUGUAACAAUUAUGGAUAUUUGAUUCCGUUUGGAUUCACCUCCCUUCAGUACAGCUGGACAGUUGGACCUCUUCUUAAUCUUGCCAUUAAGUAUGAGAACAUCCAUAUAAUGGUGCACGUAUAAUUUCAUAAUUUACAGAGGGUAAAUUCUGCAUUUAUUAAUAAUCAAACAACAAAGCCAUACAGAUAACUUGAAUUAUCAAUGACAUGUUUUUCAGUAAGCACAGUGAUCCAGCCACAAUUUGUAUGUCUCUUAAAACUAUGAAACAAAGCAUAACCUCCAACCAAUGAAUAUUUGUUCAGUGGAACUUAGCCUGGGUAUAAAGAUUUUGUACAUAAAUACAUAAUUCAUGGUUUCUCUAGUGUUUUCAGUCUGGGUCAUAUCGAGGACCAUUUUGCUGAUUCACCUGAACUUGAAAAUAGGAUAACUAGAAGGGCUGUGAUGAAACUCUGCAGUCUCAGUAGGUGCAGUGAGACAUGCAGACUCUGGAAAAAAUGGCAGGGGGGUGGAGUGGGGGGGCAGCUUUCUUUCUUUACUUUCUUUAUCUGUCUUUCUUUGUUUUCUACCACUUUCUCUUUUGACAUGCACAAAAGUCAUACACAAAUCAGCAUGCACUUGCAUGUGUUGUCACCCAAAGGAACCAUGCUGACACAUCAAUUUUAUAAAGUCAGACACAUUCAAACUAAACAUAUACUCUGUCACUUGGCUUGUGAUUGCCUCCUUCCUGCUGUGAUGUUUUCCUUCACUGCUGGCUGUCCUCCAUGUUGCUGGACCGGACUGUAAAGCAUUAAACUGCUGGCAGUAAAUGUUCUCUGUACCAGGUGCAGUUCUGCGUUUGUACCACAGCGUGGCGCUGUUUGGCAAACUUAGCCAUGCAGGGGUUUGGUUGUUUAUUAAGCUUGGAGAACAGAAAACUUGAAGCGGGCUGUAGUGUUCUCUGCACAGAAAGACAUCAAAAUGGCAGCCAUGUAUGUUUACUGAACUCAUAUU